AUGAAGAGAAGGGUAGGCACCGUAAACGCUCUGCACCAGCAGAGCACAUCGGUUCAGAUAAAAUUCGCCAGAACAGAUCUGCUGCGUAUACAGGUCCCACAUGAAGAUCCUCUAGUAGUCAGUUUAACAAUGGCAGAGUGCUUGGUGCGGAGAGUUCUGAUUGAUCCAGGGAGUAGUGCGAAUGUCAUGCCGCGAAUAACGAAACAGGUUGAGCCCAUUGGUAUGGUAGAAUUGCCAGUACAAGCUGCUGAAAAAACUCUGACAGAGAGCUUUGUGGUUGUUGAGAUCCAUCCGUCUUACAAUCUCUUGAUGAGAAGAAGAUGGAUCCACAAGGUCCAGGGAGUCCCAUCAACUCUACACCAAGUGAUGAGAUGCUUGAGCCCGGAUGGGAGCAAGGUGAUUGACAUCCAUGGGGAUCAGGUCGCAGCCAAGUAA